CUCCACACACUGGCUCUCGCCGGUGAAGGAAGCCGGAAGCGGCAGGGCGGAAACUGGGAUCAGCUGAUCGAGCUGUCCCCAGGUAGUGCCGGGGAGAGGAAGCCGAGGCUGGCUGGCAGGCUGGUGGGGAAGGGCAGCUGACUGGCUGUAGAAAGCGUCUGACGAGGAGCGCUGUACACCAAGGUGCACCAACAGAGUGGAGGGAGGCGCACAGGCCCUGCACCACCUCUCUCCCGGCACAGGGGGGCAGUCUCGUCAGUGCAGGGCUGAGCUGUAGGGGGGCUUUUGUUCAAUCCGAGGAGCUGAUACAUCCCCUCAGGGGGCCCUGACAUCGUCCUCCUCAGCCCAGGCUGCUGCCAUUACAUCCCCCUGUUCCUUCACACCAGAGGCCGGCAGAGAUAGGACACAAAGGAAGCCGAGGAGAACAAAGAGCGGACAGGGAAGGCUCCCAGAGAGGGCAUCGGGGACCCUGGUGACAGCAGUGACAGCUCAUGGGCACCAAGUAACCUGAGGAGCUGCAGGAUCUGGAAGGCGCAUUCUCUUGCACACAACCAUCCACUCACUGACACCUUCUGGAUCCCAAAACUAUAGAUUUUACUAAGAUGUGAAAUUGUUGCUUUUUCGGAGGAAAGGAGACAAUAGUUGCCAUUGUCUGGAGCUUUGUUGACGUUUCUGCUGCUUCCAGCCAUCGUGCAGUGUAAAUAUUAUUGUUCAGGAAGUUGGAGUAGCCUUCAGUGUAACCUUUGUAACAUGCAGCUCCUGGAUCAUAAGGGAGCAGACUCCACAAUGCAUCUUCUGCUCCGGCUGGGGGAUCACCCUGAUCUUUGUCUGGAGGCUGUAGUGUCAUUGAAGUGAUAUAUAUAUAUAUAUAUAUAUAUAUAUGUCAGCAGAGUAGAUUGAGCACAGUGCAUAUCUGAUAGGGGAAGGUCUGGGGAAUUUGAAAAGCACAAGAGUACAGUAAUAUAAACUUUCAUAGAAGUGAUGGAUUUUUAUAAGAGAAUUUCUAUUAAGGAUGUGGUAAUUUCUUAAAGGAAAGUUACGUCCAUCAAACACAGCAGGACUGCAAUCCAAUAUAUUUUUAUGACAUUGAAUUUUGCACCUGUCCUUUUUUUCCCCUCCUGACUCCUUCCCCCCCGUUUGUUGUGACAUCCACAAGUCCCUUCCAGCCUUGACCAUUGGAUGUAAUGGAACUCAUGUUUGCAGAGUGGGAGGACGGUGAGAGAUUUUCUUUUGAGGACUCGGACCGCUUUGAGGAAGACUCCUUAUGUUCUUUUAUCUCAGAGGCAGAAAGCCUCUGCCAGAACUGGAGAGGAUGGCGCAAACAGUCAGCAGGGCCCAACUCCCCCACAGUGAAGAUGAAAGAUGGAUAUGUGAAUCCACUGGUGGAACUGUCUGCAAAGCAGGUGGCAUUUCACAUUCCAUUCGAAGUGGUCGAAAAGGUUUACCCCCCAGUUCCAGAGCAGCUACAACUGCGGAUUGCAUUCUGGAGCUUCCCAGAGAAUGAGGAGGAUAUAAGGUUGUACUCAUGCUUAGCAAAUGGUAGUGCUGAUGAAUUCCAAAGGGGAGAACAACUGUUUCGUAUGAGAGCUGUGAAGGACCCUCUACAGAUUGGUUUCCACUUGAGUGCCACUGUGGUGCCUCCACAAAUGCUUUCCCCAAAAGGUGCCUACAAUGUGGCUGUGAUGUUUGACCGUUGCCGGAUCACAUCGUGCAGCUGUACCUGUGGAGCAGGAGCAAAGUGGUGCUCACAUGUUGUGGCCCUCUGCCUCUUUAGGAUACACAAUGCAUCAGCUGUCUGUUUGCGAGCUCCAGUCUCUGAAUCUUUGUCACGGCUACAGAGGGAUCAGCUGCAGAAGUUUGCACAGUAUCUUAUCAGUGAGCUACCACAACAAAUAUUGCCCACUGCUCAGCGUCUUCUGGAUGAAUUACUGUCUUCACAGUCAACUGCCAUUAACACAGUCUGCGGAGCCCCAGACCCCACAGCAGGACCCUCUGCCUCUGACCAGAGCACUUGGUACCUUGACGAAUCCACUUUGAGCGAUAACAUAAAGAAGACGCUACAUAAGUUUUGUGGCCCCUCUCCUGUUGUUUUCAGUGAUGUAAAUUCCAUGUAUCUGUCAUCUACUGAGCCUCCCGCUGCAGCAGAGUGGGCCUGUCUCCUGCGCCCACUAAGAGGAAGGGAGCCAGAAGGUAUAUGGAAUCUUUUGUCCAUUGUUCGCGAGAUGUUCAAGAGACGGGACACGAAUGCCGCCCCCUUACUUGAGAUCCUCACUGAACAAUGUCUGACAUAUGAGCAGAUAACAGGUUGGUGGUACAAUGUGCGGACAUCAGCAUCUCAUAGCAGUGCUAGUGGACAUACAGGUCGCAGUAAUGGACAGUCAGAAGUUGCUGCUCAUGCCUGUGCUAGUAUGUGUGAUGAGAUGGUCGUCCUAUGGAGAUUAGCAGUUUUGGAUCCUACCAUCAGCCCUCAAAGACGGCGGGACCUCUGCGCUCAGUUACGACAGUGGCAGCUGAAAGUCAUUGAAAAUGUCAAGAGGGGCCAGCAUAAAAAGUCUCUAGACAAACUUUUUCAAGGCUUUAAACCAGCAGUGGAGGCAUGCUAUUUCAAUUGGGAAGAAGCAUACCCCAUUGCAGGAAUCACAUAUUGCAGCACUGACAAGAAAAACUCUUUCUGUUGGGUCAAAGCAUUUCAGCAAAGAACCUGCCGCCUUCAGUGUUCGGAGGCUGUAUGUGAAGGUGGACGCGCACAAGGGCAUGAAAGCUGCCUGAUCUAUGGUGAUCGAUCACGUCCUUCUUCCCAGGAAAUAUCUGUGCGUCCCAAGGAGCUUGUGGCAAAAAGAAAAGUGACAUCUGAAGCCCCUCAAAGAGUUCUGAGGAGACUUUCUACAGAGGGGGGAGAGAAAGCUAUAUAUAAAUCUACAGUCAGCAAAACAAAGAUACCAGCAAGUAAAUGUCUGGCCAACAAACACAGUGGCAAGCGUCGGAUGAGUAGUGAAGAUAGUUCCCUAGAACCAGAUAUGGCUGAAAUGAGUCUUGAUGAUAGUAGUAUGGCACUUGGGGCUGAAGCUAGUAAUACCUUUAGCUUUAUAGAAUCACCUCUAAGUAGAAGAUACAGGGACAACUUUGAAGAUGAGGGAGGUGUUUAUUUCUCAGAAGGCUUAGAGUCUUCUGUCAUUAUCAGUACAGCAACGUCUAAACCUGACACUGAUGCAGUAAUUGAAGCUUCUGCUACUACUGGCAGUGGAGAAGGAGAUCCAGUUGUUGCAGAUGAUGAGGAGGGAAAAAAUCUGAAGAGUGAAAUAGUGACCAUAGAUGGAGCAGUGGGUGGAGGUGCAGGGGACAACAAAGUAGUAGAGGAAAGUAGAAGCCGCGAAAAGGGUGAGGAUGAAGAUGACUAUCAUGCCUACUACUUAAACCCGCAAGAGGCAGCUAAAAAUGAAGAUGAAAAAGUAGAGGAAGGAAUAGAAGAGGAACAUGAUAUAUUUGCAGGGAUAAAGCCUCUGGACCAGGAAAACAGAAUGGAGGUAUUAUUUGCUUGUGCUGAGGCUCUGUAUGCUCAUGGAUACAGUACUGAAGCAUGUCGUCUUACAGUGGAGCUAGCACACGAUCUAUUGGCAAAUCCACCUGACCUGAAAGUUGAGCAGCCCCCAACCAAGGGUAAAAAGAACAAAGUUUCAACAAGUAAGCAAACGUGGAUAGCCACAAACACGUUGUCAAAAGCGGCUUUCCUAUUAACUGUGCUAAGCGAGCGGCAGGAGUACCACAACCUGGCCUUCUGUAUUGGAAUGUUUGCCCUGGAGCUUCAGAGACCCCCAGCUUCCACAAAAGCUUUAGAGGUAAAGUUGGCAUACCAAGAAUCUGAGAUUGUGUCUCUUUUAAAGAAGAUUCCUUUAGACUGUAAUGAAAUGAACACUAUUCGUGGGCGAGCCAAGGAUCUACGAGAUGGCACACUGUGUGACUAUCGACCUGUGCUUCCUCUUAUGCUGGCCAGUUUUAUUUUUGAUGUUCUUUGUACCCCAGUGGUGUCCCCAACAGGUUCCCGUCCUCCAAGUCGUAACCGUAACAAUGAAAUGCCUGGGGAUGAAGAGCUGGGCUUUGAGGCAGCUGUUGCUGCGCUAGGAAUGAAGACAACAGUCAGUGAAGCAGAGCAUCCCUUGCUUUGUGAGGGAACAAGACGAGAGAAGGGUGAUUUGGCACUAGCUCUAAUGAUUACCUACAAAGAUGAUCAAUCCAAGCUGAAAAAGAUAUUGGACAAGCUGUUGGAUCGCGAAAGUCAAACUCACAAACCUCAAACUCUGAGUUCCUUCUACUCUUCCAGUAAACCAACUACAGCCAGUCAAAAGUCUCCCUCCAAACAUGCCUCGCAGUCUACAGCAGCCAUUAUAUUAUCAGGUAGCCCAGCCGCUCACCAGCAGCCAGGCAUGGCUACUACAGUUCAUGGAGGGAUUGCUGACAACUUUUCAGAGAAGAACCCACAGGAUAGUUCCCAGAAAUCAAGCAGUGAACCAGCGGAAGCACAAGUGUACAAACAGGAAGGAAAAGUUCCAAGCCGCCUUGCAUUGGGAAACCGAGGAGGAUAUAAUGGGAGGUGUUGGGGUUCACCAGUGCGUCAGAAAAAAAAGCACACCGGAAUGGCCAGCAUUGACAGCAGCGCACCAGAAACUACAUCGGACAGCUCCCCAACCCUUAGUCGCCGACCAUUGCGUGGGGGUUGGGGUGCUACUCCUUGGGGGCGUGGACAGGACAGUGAUAGUAUCAGCAGCUCCUCAAGUGACUCUCUUGGCUCAUCAUCAUCUAGUGGGAGUAGAAGGGCAAGUGGUGGAGCUAGAGCCAAGACAGUAGAAGUUGGAAGAUACAAAGGGCGUCGCUUGGAGAGCCAUGCUCCCCAUGUCCCUAAUCAACCCUCUGAAGCAGCUGCCCACUUCUAUUUUGAGCUGGCAAAGACUGUCCUUAUUAAAGCUGGUGGGAACAGCAGCACUUCCAUUUUUACACAUCCAUCCUCCAGCGGUGGACACCAAGGGCCCCAUCGCAACCUGCACCUCUGUGCCUUUGAAAUAGGUCUCUAUGCCCUGGGCCUGCACAAUUUUGUGUCUCCGAACUGGCUGUCUAGGACCUACUCUUCACACGUCUCCUGGAUAACUGGGCAAGCAAUGGAGAUUGGAAGUGCAGCACUAAAUAUUCUCGUGGAGUGCUGGGAUGGCCAUCUUACUCCACCAGAGGUCGCCUCUUUGGCAGACAGGGCUUCCAGAGCUAGAGAUUCCAAUAUGGUUCGAGCAGCUGCAGAACUGGCUCUAAGUUGUCUCCCUCAUGCACAUGCGCUGAACCCCAAUGAGAUCCAGAGAGCUCUGGUACAGUGCAAAGAGCAGGAUAACCUGAUGCUAGAGAAAGCGUGCAUGGCAGUGGAAGAUGCAGCCAAAGGAGGAGGUGUUUACCCAGAAGUCUUGUUUGAAGUGGCUCAUCAGUGGUAUUGGCUUUAUGAGCAAAUGGUGGGUGGCACUCCUGCGCAAAGAGAAGGCGCUACUGGCUGUAGUACAGGAGGUGUUCGUUCCGUGACCGAGGCAGUGCGUGGACUUACAGACAACAGGAUAAUACCAGAAACCUCCACUGUGACUGUGGCAGCUGCGGUGACUGCUGCAACUGUGGUACCAGUGAUAUCAGUCGGGUCAACGAUCUACCAACAGCAUACUGCAAUGGCUCACGCACACAGCCAAGGACUACACCCGUACACCACUCUACAAACACACAUACCCACAGUGUGUAAUCCACAGUACAUUGGAAUCCCUCGCCAGCAAAUCGCUCAGCCAACAGUCUUCCCAGUUCCUGGAACAUUGUACACACAGGGCGUUCAUCCAGCGUUCAUUGGAGCCCAGUAUCCUUACACAGUAACGACUCCUUCUAUCGCAGCUACAGCUGUGUCCUUUCCGGGCGCUCCUGUCCCUUCAAUGACACAGAUUGCUGUCCAUCCUUAUCAUACAGAAGCAGGACUGUCACUAACGUCUAAUGUAGCAAUAGGGAGCGUUCACACGGGAACUACAUUUCCAGCAAUCCCAGGCACUAACCUGACAACACUAACUACUCAACCCACACAGCUGGUUACAGGAAGCUUUCCUGUGGAGGACGAGCAGCACAGUCAGCCUGUCAGCCCACAAGGUUUGCACUACCUCCACUCUGCUUACCGUGUUGGAAUGCUGGCACUAGAGAUGUUGGGCCGAAGAGCACACAAUGACCACCCCAACAACUUUUCCAGAAGCCCCCCAUACACUGAGGAUGUCAAGUGGUUGCUGAGUUUAGCUUCCAAGUUAGGUGUGAAUUAUGUGCAUCAGUUUUGUGUUGGAGCCGCCAAAGGUGUGCUGAGCCCGUUUGUACUACAGGAGAUUAUAAUGGAGGCUUUGCAGCGGCUUAACCCUGCCCACAUCCAUAACCACCUGCGUACCCCUGCUUUUCAUCAGCUGGUACAGCGCUGUCAGCAGUCUUACAUGCAGUACAUUCACCAUCGCUUAAUACAUCUUACCCCAGCGGACUAUGAUGACUUUGUAAACGCCAUUCGCAGUGCAAGGAGUGCAUUCUGCCUCACUCCCUUAGGAGCCAUGCAGUUCAAUGACAUUCUACAGAAUCUUAAGCGUGGCAAACAGACCAAGGAGUUGUGGCAGAGAGUGUCCCUGGAAAUGGCCACCUACUCUCCCUGAACCUAUAAAGAGACAUUUAUUUCACCUUUUAAGUGAGUAGCAUACUACAUACACAGCUAACACCUGCAGAACGUUGGGCCACAUCUAGCUGAGGAAAGGAUGAGACAUCACUGCAGGCUCAAGUCUAGAUGGUAACUCUAGAACCGUGGAAAUUGUAAACCAGCUCAGCAAUGAAACAUUGGCCUGAUCACAGCUGUAUAAACUAUUUGUACAAGGUUGGAUUUUUUUUAAUAUAUAAAAAUAUAUACACUAUUUUAGUUAAUACAUUGCAGAUCAUAUGUCUGUGUCAUUCCUUAUAUUACAAGACCCAGGCUGACCCUCCCCUCCCCGGCUUUGAUAUUAUUGGUUGAACCUUUUGUUUAAAAGUCUUAUUGUUUUUGUUUUUUCAUAGUGUAUGUUUGUCUUCCUUAUGUUCUGGCAUAUGCAAAAUAUUUAUUUUGGCUUUUUCUUUGACAAGUGUAUUCAGUAUCCCUUUCAUCUGCACAUACACCUGAAUUAAAUAACCCUUAACUCUUUAAGACGUAUGUAAUACAUGUUCCUGUGUUUCCUGAAGGGGGAUUGUUAUGUGUUUUAAAACAACAUAAAAGGGGAAUGUUAUUUGCCAACUGGGAAAUGUAAGUAUGAAUGUUCUGCAUCUGGAAGCAGAAUAUCCUUCUUUAGUUUUCUUUCCCUGGUAGAUACAUGCAUUGUCUUAUUUUUGUUUCCAAAUUAAAAGGAAAUAUUCUUUA